AUGCUCAUCGAUAAGAACGACGCCGACAGUACCUUCAAGCUAUGGUCGCCUCCAACGUUUGAUUGGUCUACAGAUUCCUUCUCCACUGAUCUUUUCCGUGAGCUUGAUAAAACGAGACAUGAUCUAUUUACAAACAGUAAUAGCAUAGAUGGCAAAGAAGAAUCAUUGAGACUGCACCAAAACGAUAUGGCCAUAAAUAACAAUAUGUUACGUGACAGUUUACAGACUUCAUCCAUUCGCACAUCGUCUCAACUUACCGCAACAACAACCCAUACCGGUGCUUCCGCCGAAGAGAGCGUUUCCGUCCGAGAAGUGGAAGCUGACGAGAAGGUUGAGAAGGAAAAGGAGAAGAAGAAGGAGGAGGAGGAGGAGGAGGAGGAUGGGGGAAAGGGAGCGGAAAAAGUAGAAGAAAUUUCCAAGGCUGUCCAUCAGCAACAACAACGGCUUCAACAAGACUCUGGCGUUGCAUUAGAAAAGAAUGAUAAUGAUGCUGCAAAGAAGGAGGCUUUUCCUCCAUCUUCCAAUGCUCCUGUAACUGCAUUCAUGGACAAUCAUGACCCAACCUUAGAAUCAACAGCACUCGUAGAAGAGCGGGCACUUCAAUAUCACAGCGCUGACGAAAUUGGCAAGAUUGUUUCUAAACAGUACCCACCCAAGCCCUUGCAGUAUUCGCCUGUCAACGAUUUACCAUCUUCCACAAUGACUACGGCAGCGGAGACGACCCAUUUUAAUAUUCGAAAGUCUAUAUCCCUGAGUAGGAAAAAAAGUAACCAUCACCCUUCUACAGCUAUUUCACCUCACCCUGCAGCAGCAAAAGAUACUGUCACGGCGCAUACGGCCGUUGACAUAGGUGAGAAGAGUUCAGAUACUACGUCGCCCUUACAAAGAGUAAUUACAAAUCACAAUAAUGCUUCCCCAACCAUUGCCAUGACCACCUCUUCACCUUUUCCCGCGCAAGAGAGUCCAGCUGCUUCAGCUAAUAAAAAGCGCAAGCGUCGCUUCUUUUUAUCUUUUCUCUUAUGUUAUUAA